AUGCCAUUAACAUUUAUGCCAUCGCAAGCGCCAAUAGGACCUGUCCCACUCAAGCUUCAACAGCUGUUGUCUUCCCUGUCAUGUUUCGCAAGCGGCGGAGCUCCAAGAAGCUGGACAUCGAACUCUAUGCCAGAUUCAGGGAGAACCACCCUGAUGUUAGCCCCGGAACUUUCCGUACCCAUCCACCUAUCAGUCACCGAGUCCGAACGCAUCAUCAGGUCCAGACGUAAAGAGGAGGCUGAUGCACAACAUGAUGACACAACUGUCGCACCGAUAUCUAGAGUCCCGUGGCUUUCCCUCGAAAAUGUUGUCUCUGUCGCACCGACGCCAUUCAUGACAGAUGAACCAGCCUUGAGACGACCACUGGUUGCUCAACGACAACAAGUCGAAGAAUGUAAUCAACCAACAGUCGUAGGGUCGAGUCAACCACUAUCCCCCGCCACUGAGCACGAUAUGUGGUCAGAGUUUAUCCUUCCCGAAUCUCUGUCCACUUCUGAGGCUAUCUGGUCUUGUGAUUUUCAGGACUUCCCAUCUCCUCUAACCCCACAAACUUCAUUUCCGGACACAUUAUCUUCUGCCUCGCCAGAUCUUCAGCCUCUGUCACCUCUUGCGUGUGAAGAUGUCGCUAGUCCAGAUUGCGUGGACGUCGUCGAGUCACAUGAACCUGAGAUCGUGGACAGCUUCUACCAAAAAAUUGGGAGUACUGGGUCAGCCUUAUCAGUGCAGCCCUCAAACGAGGCUCGCUUUUGCCACAAACUUCACGCACCCCCUGCUUUGAUGCUAAAGGGAUCUGGUGAAAGCCCCGUGACUUAUUUAAAUAAAGGCUCACAUUAUUCCAUUUCAGUCGAAGAUACGUUGCGUGCUGGACCCGACCCUGGAGAGGUAGAAAAAAAAUACGUGGACCCUCACGAAUCUGAUCAUCCGGACCACGGGGCGAAUUCUCAGGUUGUUCACUCUGAUGGCUUCUCGUUGAUGUGGAGCGCAGACCACAGUGACAUGAGACAAUUUUCAAUUGCAUUUCGACUAAAUUUCCGGUCAACGGACUUUAGUCACUGCAAAGGAGUCAUGGGGGUUGCAAUGCAACUCUGCAGUAAAACCGAAGAGAUAUCGACCACUUCAGUACAGUCUCUCAGACCGAAUCUCGAGAUGAGCUUUUGCAGGAUCAAGUCAUUCAGGAGUCAUGGUGCAGAGCGCAAGAAUGCCAACGAUAUGGCUAUUGGGGAAAAACGAAUCAGAAGACUGAAGCAGCAAUUAGCGCAAUCGCAGACACGCCAGACACCAAAAGACAAGAGACUUGGCAGGGAUAAAAGCAAGACGCUGAGACCCUCAGGAGCACGAAGAAAUCAUGAGGAUGGCAUACUUUGUAAGAUCAAGAUCUUGCAACAGAACUGCACUUCAACCCCGCCGUACACACUCCUCGACCAACAAGGAAAGAAACAGCAAGACUGUGACUGGCCCCCGUUAGGGCACAAGGACAAACCUCCAGAAUCGCCUGAGACUGGGCCGGCGUCCUCAUCUUCGGCUUCACGAAGCGCGUUGAUGCCGAUAACCUCGAGACCAAAACACUCGAUGUUGUCGUCACAGCCGACUCAGCUUCCUACUCCACCAAGGUAUGAUGAGUCGCAGCAAAGGACGUCGACACGAGAUCUUCCAGAAGGGACCAGGAACAGAUCAACAAGGCCCGGGGGAGUCAAAAUUGCUUUGUUUUACAUACGUCCAGUCGGUUUCAAACACGUAACCCAGAUUGACCAUUACAUAACAGUAUACCUUUUCGAGCGCACAUCUUGUGAUCUUACCAGGAAAAUCGCGGAAGCAGUCUCGAUUGAUCCCGGGGAGGUGGGGCAGACAACAUGGUCUACUGUCGAAGGUCUGACCAUCCUAGUCGACGCCGACGUAGUCGCAAAUAUGAUGGAGGGCCAGGAAAUGCAGAUCGAAGCGAAAAGCAUCGCAACCAGGUCCGAUUCUGGAAGACAGUUGAGCUGUGACUCUGCAGAUGAGGUAUAUUCUUGUGAGCAUGGAGUCAGGCAAUGUACUCGAGAGCUACUUGAAUUCAACCUCGUGUUUUGA